AUGCCUCCCCUACGAACCAAAGUCUUCAUCAACGUCGACCUCGGCGAAGGCUACGGGAACUUCAAAUGCGGCCCGGACGAAGAACUCAUCCCCCUCAUCGACCAGGCCAACGUAGCCUGUGGAUUCCAUGCCGGUGACCCCCUAAUAAUGCAAGAAACCGUCUCCCUUUGCAAAAAGCACAACAUAUCGAUCGGCGCCCACCCCGGCCUCCCCGACGUGCAAGGCUUCGGCCGACGCGAAAUGAAGCUCAGCCCGGAAGAACACACCGCCAACAUCAUCUACCAAGUCGGGGCGUUACAAGGCUUCCUAGCACGCGAAAACAUCCCCCUCCACCACGUCAAGCCACACGGCGUGCUCUACGGCAUGAUGUGUCGCGACCUGGAAGUCGCGCGGGCUGUCAUAAGGGGAAUACCAGCUGGGGUUCCGGUAGUAGGGCUAGGAGGAACAUACAUGGAGCAGGCGGCGAAGGAGCUGGGGGUGCCGUUCUGGGCGGAGCUGUUCGGAGAUGUCAAGUACGGGCCGGAUGGGAUGCUGGUGAUUGAUCGGAAGAAGAAACCGUGGAAGAUUGAGGAUGUCAAGGCGCAUGUAAGGCAGCAGGUGGAGGAUUCGUCGGCCACGGCUGUUGAUGGGUCGGUGGUGCAGAUGGGGGUUAAGGAUUAUCCGGUUACCAUUUGUUGUCAUUCGGAUUCGCCGGGGUGUUUGGAGAUUGUGAAGGCGACGAGGGAGGUGGUUGACGAGUUUAAUAGGGCGAAUGGGUUUGCGUGA